AUGGCUGGAAUUAUGCGUUCUACGAAAGCAGGAAGAACUUUUGUGGCCCUCCUGUCCAAAAAAUCAAUGGAUCUCACGCACAUCCGUUGCGCCAGUUCGAAUCGCGUCAAGCGUAUUAAAAAGCCAGAAAUUACCAAUCGAGAUGCGAAUCAGGCUAAAGCGGCAACAAUGCGAGCGGAAGUAGAGGAACAGAGUGUGCUGUAUGAAGGCAAACGAUUUGAAUCAGCGGCACAAUCGCUUUCCGCACGAGGUUACUUGCGAGCGAUAAAACCCUACACACCACCAGAAAAUGUUAUCGAGCAGGUGCUAAAGAUUGCCAAAGAAAAUAAACUGAACGACACCAAGCAGCCGUUCGGUGGAAUGGAGCAAAAAUUUGCCUUCCUGUCUGCCUGCGGCAAAACGUUUGGACAUUGGGUUCCAAACUCAAUGCUGCAUGAAUUAGAAACCGUCGAUGAUGCAAUUGUGUUUUAUCAAACACCGAUCGACACGAGACUUCCACUGGAUGCAAUAAGUUCUGUAGAAUUGCCGGAAAAUUUGUAUAUUCAGCAGGAAUAUGUACGGUUCCAUCCGGAAACGGAUACGAUGUUUGGUGGAAAAUCGGCCUUCCCCAAGAGUUCUACGAUUGUGACCGGAUUAAAAUACAAACAGAAAUAUCGUGGCCAUGAGGCAAAGAAAUCAUGGCCGUAG